CCACAGCUGACUCGCCGCCUUUGCUCGCCGCCUUUGCUCGCCCAUGUUCGCUCUCGUUGCCGCUGUGCACGCCGCGCCCGCCUUCGACGCCGUGGCCGAGCUUGAGGCGGCCAAGAUCGAAAUCGCCAAGCUGCGCGAAGAGGCUCUCUCGUUCAAGGCCGUCGCGUCCGAGCGCGAGGCACUCUUCUCCUCAUCGCCGAUCCCCGAGCCGCUGGUUACCCCGAGCUUCAAGUCUGUCCAGCCCGGAGUGUUUGACAUCUCGGGGAUGGCCUACCUGGGCGGCAUUGCCGGCGGCGACGGCAAGUUCCUCGCCGUCCACGACGCCAAGCCAAAGGAAGACAGCGAUCUGUCGAGCGGCGAUCCCUUCACGCGGGUGAGCAUGUUCAUGCUGCCCAAGAAGGAGGAGAAAGACGCCACCGACGGCCUGGAGGGCGGGCUGAUGCACCUCGAGUUCACAGACCUCGCCUUCCCCGACCCGCCCGGGAUUAUCACCGGCCACCGCAGCACCGACCUCGAGAGCGUCGCCCGCAUCCCCGGCACCAACCUCGUGCUGCUUUGCGAAAGCGGCAACUCCGCCGACGACGCGUGCAACGCCACCAGGCCUGACCCCAAACACGGCCUCCCUGACCCGACCUGGAGGUAUGACGCCACGGCCAGCAAGACAGACCCAGCCUUUUGCGAGACGCCCCCGCCGCGCAUCUACGUGUCGGAGGUGACCGCCGGAGCGAAGCCGACCGUCACGAUCAAGCAAGAGAUCUACUGGACGGAGUUCUAUCCCGGAUGGGUCAAUUCCAAUGGUUCGCCAGCGAACAAGACGUCCUCGGGUGUGCCAAUGAACGUCGAGGCCACCGCUGUGGGCAAGUGGCCAGCACCUGCUCCCGGGGCACCGGACCUCUAUGUGUUUCUGUGGGCCGAGCGCGAGUCGACGACCAUUCACUACACCGAUCUCGUUCUCGACGCGAACAACACCGUCUCCAUCGGGCGCCCUGGCGGCUUCGAUAGCAAAAGCUUCGCCCUCCCUCCGCCCAUGAACCAAACCCUCAACCGGCCCAUCGUCUCUCUCGACGUCGACGACUCCGGAGGCAUCUACGCGGCGGCCGCCUACGACACCGACGUGGGCGACUUCGGCCCCUACAACUCCGCGGUGUACAAGAUCGGCGAGCUCACUUUUCAUCCGGAAUUUUGGGGGUUUCCCAUGGUGGAGAUCUACCCCGAGCCAACGAUGUUCGCCGAGGUGAACGGCUUCAAGGUCGAGGCCGUGGCAAGGGCCGACAAGGUGCCUGUCAACAUGUACUACAACGGCGAGGCAAGCGCCGUGAGCGGCCCGAUGACCUUCCUCGGAACGGACGACGAGAACUACGGCGGCACCCUCCGCCCGAUCAACCUCACGCUGGCCGACCUCGAACACGACGAGCUGUAGAGAUGUGUGAUCCGAAGAAGAAUGACGUUACUCUAGAGGGUGAGUGCGAAGCCUUCGCGCUCUUGUGCGUUUGAUUCGGACAAACAGGGUGAUGUGCCAUGUGGGUUGUUGCGGGUCCGGUGCGCUAAGGUGCCGUGCGCGUUUGAAUGAAAGUAACUCCGGCC